AUAACUUCUUAUUUUGUUUUGUUGUUGUUAUUUAUGAAUUAUUUAAACAAACCACUUGUAUACAAAUUGAAAUUUAUAAUUAUUUAGUUGAUUAAUCAAAGAAUUAAUAAUUUUGAUUAAAUAUAAUGAAAGAAUAUGAAGUGAUUAUCAUAAAUAGUGCAAUGCCUACAGAUUUAGAAGAAUAUGCUGCACAAGUAGCAACAGAAGCAAUUACUAUGGAUUCUGAUUUUAGUAGUAUUGCACAUUUUAUCAAGAGAAAUUUUGAUAGGAAAUAUACAAACACUUGGCAAUGUGUAGUUGGUAAACAUUUUUGUGGGUCCUUCACUCAUGAAACAGGUGAUUUUAUUCACUUUAAGCUAGAAGACCUGACAUUUCUGCUUUUUCGAUCAAUUAAACCAAAAUCAUAAUUACUUCAUGCUGAUUCAAGUUCGAACGAAUGAACCUUGUCAAAUCUUGAUGCUGAUUAUAGAAAUUACUAAUUUCUGAAAUGGUACUACAUUGUAAAAAUUAUAACUAAUAUACAAGCUAGUUUUUAUCGCUUUUUUAAUAAAAAUUAAUUGAUUAG